AUGGCCCUCACCGCCGCCCCACCCGUCCAGGGCAAGCCUGCUCGCCUCGCCUUCGUCCAGGUCGCGCAACCGGGCACGGGCGACGACAAGGCGCGCAACCUCGAGCACGCGCGCGACAAGAUUGCCGAGGCCGUACGUGGCGGCAAGGACGGCAAGAAGCCUGACCUCGUCGUCCUCCCUGAGAUCUUCAACUCGCCGUACGCGACGGGCUCGUUCCGAAAGUACGCCGAGCGCAUCGGCUGGAGCCCCGAGACGCGGGACGGGUUCGACGUUGCCCAGACGGAGAGCGAGAGCAUUCGGUUGCUGAGCGAGGCGGCCAAGGAGCACGGCGUGUGGCUUAUCGGCGGGUCCAUCCCGGAGCUCUCGGCGGACGACAAGGUGUACAACUCGUCGCCCAUCUUCUCCCCAGACGGCAAGCUCGUCGCCGUGCACCGCAAGGUCCACCUGUUCGACAUCGACAUUCCCGGCGGCAUCACGUUCAAGGAGAGCGAGACGUUGACGGGCGGCGAUUGGCAGACGAUCGUCGAGACGGACUUUGGCAAGAUCGGCGUCGGCAUCUGCUACGACGUGCGGUUUCCCGAGCUCGCCAUGAUCGCUGCACGGAAAGGCUGCAUCGCCAUGAUCUACCCCGCCGCGUUCAACACGACGACCGGCCCUCUGCACUGGGACCUCGUGCAGCGUGCGCGCGCCGUCGACAACCAGAUCUACGUCGGCAUGUGCUCGCCGGCUCGAGCGACCGAGGGCGACGGCUACAAGGCGUGGGGCCACUCGAGCCUGUUUGACCCGAUGGGCAAGACGGUCGGGCAGCUCGAGGAGAAGGAAGACAUCCUCUUUGUCGACCUCGACCCCGAGGUCGUCAACAAGGCGAGGGCGGGCAUCCCGGUCACGGUCCAGCGUCGGUUCGACGUCUACGCCGACGUCUCGAAGGUGGACGUGUGA